AUGGCUGAACAGUCCUUUUCUGACAAGCUCCACAUCACCAUUUACAUCAUCACUCUCCUGACUGGCCUCCCCUUCAACAUCUUGGCGUUGUACGCCUUCCUGUGCAAGGCCAGGCAGAAAGCUGGGCCCAACAUUAUCUUCCUCAUCAACCUGACCAUCUCCGACCUGGCCUUCCUGCUCUUCCUGCCGUUCAAGAUCCUCGAGUCGGCCAAGGGCAGCCUCUGGAUCCUGCCCGUCUUCCUGUGCCCCUUCAGCGGCCUCUUCUACUUCAGCGCUAUCUACAGCAGCAUCCUCUUCCUCACGGCCGUCAGCGUGGAGCGAUACCUGGGGGUGGCGUUCCCCAUCAGGUACAACAUGUACCGGAAGCCUGUCUACGGCAUCCUGAUCAGCUUCGUGCUGUGGGUCUGCGCCUUCUCGCACUGCAGCAUCGUGUACAUCACGGAGUACCAGCGUGUGGGGAAUUACAGCUCCAACGAGACCGUCUGCUACGACAGCUUUACCGAGAGCCAGCUGACGGUCCUCCUCCCAUUCAGGCUGGAGCUGGGCAUCGUGCUGUUCUUCCUGCCCUUCCUCAUCACCACCUUCUGCUACACCAGCUUCGUGCGCAUCCUCCUCUCCUCCACGCACAUCAGCCGCGAGAAGAAGCAGCGGGCCAUCGGCCUGGUCCUCACCACCCUCUUCGUUUUCCUCGUCUGCUUCGCCCCCUACAACAUCUCCCACUUUGUGGGCUUCAUUCAGAACAAGAGCCCGUCCUGGAGGACAGACGCCCUGCUGCUCAGCACCUUCAACACCAGCCUGGACCCAAUCAUUUUCUAUUUCUCCUCCACUGCUGUGAAGAGGACCUGCAAGGGCUGCUUCUCCAACCUGACGAGGGAGCUCAGCUCCUUCAAACCCGUCCACCUCUUCAUCACCUUCCUCCGCAAGCGGAACGAAGCUCUGAAGGCUGAGUCCUUCGAUCAGACCCAAUGUUCCAAACUGUAG